AUGCCUGAGCAACGCCGCCAGGAAGAGCAACAAGGCUCUGGAGGGAUUGUGAAGACGCUGGUCCAGAGUGUGGGCAUCUUUCUUCUCAUCCAGUUUGCGACGAAGCAGUUCUUUGGCCAGACACCUGCCACCGGCGCCGCAGACCCCGCGACGAGCGGUGCUGUCGUCCCCAACACGAAAGUCUCCAUCCCAGCCUUUGAGAACCGCCCGAGUCAAUUCAACGAUGGCGCGAUCCGCAGCGUCAUCCCGCAGAAUGUCGCGCCCAUGUGGCCUGUGGGAACAGAGGUUGACAUCAACCUGUACAUUUCGCCGUCCAUCGCCAUGCCGCCGUUCAAGCAGCUGCCCCAGGACACGUUGUUGAUCGAUGAGAAGGGCUUCAAGUUCGGUGACUACAAGGAGAACAGGGUGAUUGAGACUGAGUUCAAGGUGCCCGCCGAGGUCCAGCGCAAUGCCACCCUCUUCGCGCACUUCUAUGUCGCUCAGACCGGCAGCCCCCUCGACCCUACAAGUCCGGCAUAUGACAAGACGAAAGCCUACCAUACGAUUCGGCCGUUGACACAGUUCCAGCCCAAGAAGACCACCCGCAAGACGAGGAACUUGCUGUCCGACAUGCCGGAUACUUCGGUGAGCGAGGAGGAGAAGAACGCGCCCAAGGUUGUUGCGAGUUAUUACCACUCCAACUUUACGAUCAGCAUGAUUCCAGAUACCGGUGUAAUCAACUAUCCCACGAUGCACGCAGGUGUGAGGGAGUUCGUCCAGCUUGAUCAGACGGGCUCGAGGGAUGCUACCGGCCAGAAUGGGUGGUACUACCCCGUAGUGUUUACGAACACAUUUUGGCAGCUGAAGAAGGAUAUGAUCGAAUUGAACGACACGGUUAAAACAUUACCUUUGAACGUCAAGCUGAACAAUCUCGCCAACUGGAAAUUCAACAUCUACGCCUCCAUGGAAGCAAACAUCCGUGCCAACCAAGCUGCGGCUGCGAACGGUCAGCCUGUUGCUGGCGGAGGAGACGGAUCGGAGAUGGAGAUGUUCAAGGAGAUUCUCAUCGACAGCAACUCCUAUCUGCUCGCCAUUACCGCCGUAGUGUCAGUCUUUCACAUGAUCUUCGAAAUGCUCGCCUUCAAGAACGACGUCCAGCACUGGCGCAAGAAGAAAGACAACAUCGGCACGUCCGUCCGCACCAUCCUCGCAAAUGUCUUCAUGCAGUCCAUCAUCUUCCUAUACCUCAUCGACAACAACGAAAACACCUCCUGGAUGAUCCUCUUCGGCCAAGGCAUGGGCAUCGCUAUCGAAGCCUGGAAGAUCACCAAGACUGUCAACGUGCGCGUGCGCCCCACACCCGAAGGUUCCCUCCUUCCCUACAGCAUCGUCUUCGAAGACAAACACGUCCUCUCCGAGACAGAGAAGAAGACCGAAGAGUACGACGAAAUCGCCUUCAAGUACCUCACCUGGGUCGCCAUCCCUCUCCUCGCCGCCUACGCCGUCUACUCCCUCAUCUACGACACGCACAAAUCAUGGUACUCCUUCAUCAUCACGACGCUCGUCGGCUCCGUCUACGCCUACGGCUUUCUCAUGAUGGUACCCUCCCUAUACAUCAACUACCGCCUCAAAUCCGUCGCCCAUAUGCCUGGCCGCGCCAUGACGUACAAGUUCCUCAACACCUUCAUCGACGACCUUUUCGCUUUCACGAUCAAGAUGCCUACCCUGCACCGUCUCGCGACGCUGCGUGAUGAUGUCAUUUUCUUCGUGUAUCUCUACCAGACGUGGGUUUAUAAGGUGGAUCACUCGCGUGUGAAUGAGUUUGGGCAGGGAGGCGAUGACGAGGAGGAGGAGGAGAAGAAGGCGAAUCAGCCGCUUAAGGCGCCGGCGGGUGGGGAUCGGGAGUUGAAGGUGCCGGAUGAGGAGAAGGUUAAGAAGGUGGAGGCGGAGAAGGCGGAGAAGGCGACGGGGAGCCAGAAGAAGGGCGAGGGGAGGAAGAGGAAGUAG